AUGACUUUCAAGUUGUGUUUUUAAGUUCAUUUAUACAAUUUCAGUUUAACUGAUGACAAUGAAGAGAGUAUGUUGUUCCUUAGAAAAAUGAACAUAGGAAUAAUAGAAAAGAAAAGAAGUAAAUGAAAAGUAACAAAAGACAUGUUCUGUCAUCAGUAUUCUCUGUUAUUACCCAUGAUGCAACAUUUUACUUCAAGUGGCAGCCGUCUUACUGGUCUGGGUUACACACUGUAAACCUGAUUUUGUUAAAGAGGUUGAUCUGAUACAAACAAUUUCAGUUGCAUUUUUAAAGAGUAGUUUACUGUAUUAUUUGUGUCUUGAAGUAUCUGGUGAUACUUUCAAGUCAUAAUUGUUGUAGAGGCAGUGGUUGUUGUGGUUGUUGUCCUUGUUAUUGUGAUUGUCGUGGUUGUUGUUGUUUGAAACUAAAAAAAGAUAAUCAUUUUUUAAUUAAUUCAAUAAUUAAGAAAUUUAUAUAAAAGGUGUAAACAUAUUUACAUCUAAAAAAUAUAUUAGUUUCUGUGAGUGAACAGUUGACCUCAUGUUUCCAAUGCAGCCAAUGUACAGUGGUGGCAUGGGUCACCAUCACCACCACCACCAUCACCAUCACCACCACCAUCAUCACGGUAACCAGGGCGACAACAGUGGACCAAACAACAGCAACAGCCAACAGGCACAGCCACUGCCUCCUCCCCAACAGCCACAGCCACCCCCACCGCCACACCAAUUCAGCUGUGAUGUCUGUGGGGACAAUUUCCAGACAUUCGACCAACUCAAGGCACACAAACGAGACCAUUUUGAAAGUAAAAACUUCAAGUGUGAUAUUUGUGGUGAAAACUUCCCACUUUAUGACCAGCUGAAGGCACACAAAAAGUCUGCUCACACUGAAUCAAAAUCAUAUCCUUGCGAUACUUGUAAAAAAAUCUUUAAUCAUAUCUCAACACUCCGUAAUCACAUGCGGACACACACAGGUGAGAAACCAUUCCAGUGUGAAAUCUGCCAGAAAUGUUUUAGUCAAAGAGGAAACCUGAAAAUUCACAGGCGUCGCCAUACUGGUGAGAAACCGUUCCAGUGUGAUAUCUGCUGGAAGUCGUUCAGCCAAAAGGGGAAUUUGAAGACACAUGUGCGUAACCAUGCCCACAAGAAAAGCUUCUGCUGCGAUCUCUGUGGCAAAGUUUUCAUGCAUCGAUCGAUACUAAAAUGCCAUGAGAAGGCUCAUCAAGUGCAGCGGCUGUCAUCACUCAAUCCAAAUGCUGGUGCAACAUCACCGACAUCACCGCCUUCGUCUUCAUCUUCAUCAUCUUCUGCCCGAACGGGAGGAGUCAACAAUACCGGUAAUGCUGGCAACAGUGAAAAGGGUGUUGGCUACUAUUCUAAUACAUCACCUUUUGGUGGGGACCAACACAAUCAUGGCCCACCGAGCUCACAUGGACACCAUGGGGCUAGUGGGAAUGCAGGAAGUGGGGCAAGGUCAGGGCAAAGGCCAAACCCACAAACACAGCUUCAUCCAAACCCAAAUUCAACCGAACCCAAUAAUCCGAAUUCUUCAGUAUUUGUUUAAAUUUCAGGCUCCCUCCUCUUUUUAGCCCAACCCACCUGCCCCUUCCUUGUUGCCAUGCUACUAUUGCAGUGGUCUCUUAUUCCAUUCUACCAUACCCCCCUCCACACACACACACACACACACACAUACAUACAUAGUCACCAUACUUCUUCAUAAUAGAAAAAACUUUAACAAGCGAGCAAGUUUCGACAAGGUGGACUGAUGGCUGUAAGGAAUAUGUAGAGAUUGUCCUCUAAAAUUCUAGUGGAUAUCUCUAUCUUCUGUGUUCUAUCUUUGCACAUUGUCAUAAAAAUACCAUUAUUGCACUUCAAUGCCAUUGUAGCAUUGCCAAUGUUAGUGGAACUAUUUGCAAUCUUACCCUUUGUAGUAUUCAUGGCAAGGGGUAUAUGUACAAAUAUGUCACUGUAGAAAAAUGUCACUGUGAAACAUCCAAAAUCUUAAUCAUUUUAUAUUUGUGGUAUUUUAUUUUUUUUAUUUACUUAUUUAUUUUAUUUAUCUUUUCAUUUUCUACAUCCUGACAAGUCACUCCGUUGCAGCAUGUGUUUCUGGAGCUCUUUCCACUUCUCCCUCUAUCAAUGAAGGUGUACUGCAGGGCUUUUUUGUUCUCUUCAGUCUUCUUUCUCCUUUACGUCAAUGACUCUCAUGAGGUCACUUCCAACUAUAUACAAUCUUAAGCCAAUGGCACUGCAUAACAAUCCUCUUUCCUUUUCAUACCCAAGUCUUUAUCCACAUGCAACAUCAACACGUCCCACCAUGCUUAAUAUAUUUUCCAUGAAUGAAGACUGCCAAAACUUUUUACUAUGGGAUGCCACCAUCUAAAUUCAUUCAACACAUCAUAACACACACAGUAAAGCACAAAAAAACAACAACUGCUCCCCACCUCCACCGUUCAUGAGCCAUGACACUUUUCUCAACACCAGAUUUAAAUGUUUAAAAAUCAUUACAAUCUUUACAGCUAAAUAAACUAUUACAAUCAUUACAAUAUACAGCUAAAUAAUCAUUGUGACCAUUACAAGAGAGAGAAAACAAAAAACUAUCAUGCUCCUUAUAAAACACAGCUGAAGUCCAUUUCAUUCUUUACAAAACCCCUACUAAAACUGUCAUUGUCAUUAAAAUCUUCCAUAUUUGCUUAUGAUAAUUCUCCAUUAUUCACACAACCAACCACAAUGACUGAGCCUCUAUUGUUAUAGGCUAAAACUUAUUGAUUAACUGUGAAGGCUGUACAAAUCCUAAAUGCAUUCUAAUGUGUAACACUAAAUACAUUUAGAACAUCAAUAACCACAGAAUUUCUCCAAUCAAGUUGUGUCAUUUUCACUACCUUCUCAUUAGUAUAAUAAUAACUUCUCUUCCAAAAUUUGCUGAGCCCUCACUUAAAUUCCUUCUCCUUUUCCUGCCACUCUCAACUAAAUCUUUUCCGUUCUUUCUGUGUGCUACUUUGUCCCUUAAUUUAUACUAAACAUUUCAUCCAAAUCUUUCUCUACAUCACUUAGGAACAUUCUUCCUCCUCUCUCUCUCUCUCUCUCUCUCUCACACACACACACACACACACACACACACACACACACACACACAUGCAUGCAUGCACAUGUACUCACACACACCUAUUUGUCAUCACCUUUCAGAAAGUUAAAGUGAACACCAGUCAUUAACUUCAAUAUCACUAUUCUAUACUCCAUAACAAACACAAUACUGUAUUAUAUUCCAUGUAAUGCAUUAAUAUUUCCUUGAUAUAUGUGUGUAUACACACACACAAACACACACACACACACACACACAC